AUGAUGAUGAUGAUGAAGAUGAUGAUGAUGAUGAUGAUGUUUGUGAUGAUGUUUAUGAUGAUUAUGAUUGGUGAUGAUAUUGAUGAUUUUGACGUUAAUGAUGAUGAUCAAGAUGAUGAAGACAAUGAUGGUGGUAAUGGUGGUGAUAGUAAUAUUGCUGAUGACGAUACAACAACGUUCAAUUGCUUCAAAAUUAGUUGGUUUGUUGGAAAUAUUAUCAGUUGGUUGCGCUGCAUUUAA